ACACACAGACUGAGUCACACAAGAGGGUGCUGUAUCCAACAAAAUCCGAGAACGUUAAGCCAAGUUCAUUCAGACCAUCCUAAGGCAACUAUAUGGGCUCAUACCAUCAGGAUCUUUCUAUUAGAGGACAGUGACAACAUUGAUAAUAAUCCUUCAGAAGAACAUGUUGCUGCUGAAUAAGUUUCCUGCAUGGCUCUCUGCAUUCGCUUUGCUUUUGCUGACUCAGGAGCCUGUCUCUACAUCAGAGGUCACGGCCUGUGGAGUUGCGGUGGAUCCACCUGCCAAUAUUGAGAUAACAGACCCUGGCUUCCUGGGUUACCUCAGUAUCCACUGGACUCAGCCAGCCGGCCUUCAGAACCUUACACUCUGCAGAGUACGAUACCAACUCAGAUACUAUGACACCUAUGAGGAACGAUGGAGGAGUGUUCGAACUGUCAAGCUGACUUAUGCUGCUCAGUUUGAUCUUGAGAAACCAGUCAGGGUGAGAAUACUCACUGUGCUGAAGUGUGCCUGUACCAAUGGGACAGAGGUCCAAGGGGAGGAGAAAGAGUGGGUCUACACACCUGAACCUACAGGUGUGGCGGGAUCACGAAUAAGAGAUUUUCACUGUGUCUACUAUGGCAAGGAGUACAUGGAAUGCACCUGGGAGUCAGGACCCAUCCAACCUCCAAAUUCACAACACUACCUCUAUUACUGGCACAGGGAAAUGGAUGAAACAAAGGAAUGUCCAGAAUACAUCAUAUUAUCUGAGGAUCGAAGGGGAUGCCGGUUUCCUCGAGAAUCCCUCUUGGAGUUCUCUAAGUUUAAUUUAUGCGUAAAUGGAUCCUCUUCAGCAGGAAGUCUGAAAAUGGCCUACUUCUCUAUUGAGGUCCAAAACCAUGUAAAACCAGCAGUGGUCUCCUCUGUGCACGUGUCAGAGAUUGAUGGAGAGCUGAAGUUAGAUUGGUCACCACCUAGUGGUCAGGUGCCAGAACACUGCUUGGAAUAUGAGGUGGAGAGCAGCACUACGAUGGAAAAUGGCAAAGAAAAGCAGGAAAAGAUGGCUCUUCAGAAUUUAGAGGACACAUCUUACGGCGUCCAGAGAGAGGUGGAAAGUCAGAAAGCCUGCUUUCGAAUCAGAUCAAAUGUGAACAGGUACUGCGCAGACGGAGGAUUUUGGAGUGACUGGAGCCAAACAAAGUGUACAGAAGAUAAGGAAACUCAAUACAUCCCAAAAUGGACAUAUCUCAGUCUGGUGGGCCUGUUGGUCAUUGGCAUUGCUGGAGUCAUCAUCCUCUGUCUUUCAUUAUGGUCAUUAAAAAAGCUUUGCAUAAAAAAGACCAACAAAAAGGAUGCCCUCUAUACUUUAUACAAGGAGAAGGUCAACGCAACCAUGCCCACUAUCCUCAGCCCCAUUUUCAAGUGAUGCUCCCUAUGACCUGCUAUACUGAAUUACCGUUUAGCUGUUCUAGACUGCAGUAAAAGCACACUACUCAAACAUGUGAAGUGAGACUUCAACAGCCUUAAAGUGAUAGCUGAUAGAACCAGUGGUCUUGUGGAAUAGGUAUGUGGAGACCUAAAUGAACCAAAGCACUGACCCGAAUGUAUUCUAGACACUAUAUUACUAUGUGAUGUCUUUACGCACAUAUCACGUGUUACUUAAAGUUACUCAAAGAUUUUUCAAAUACCAAUGAUCUUGCCAGUUUAGCCAAUUAUUUUUCAACUGUCAAUGAUCUUGCCGAUUUUGCCAAUGAUCUUGAUAUUUUAGCGAAUGUUUUUUUUCAAAUUCCAAUGAUCUUGCCAGUUUAGCCCAUGUUUUUUCAAAUGCCAGUGAUCUUGCCAAUGAUUUUUCAAAUGCCAAUCAUCUUGAUAUUUUAGCAAAUGAGUUUUCAAAUUCCAAUGAUCUUGCCAGUUUAGCCAAUUAUUUUUAAACUGUCAAUGAUCUUGAUAUUUUAGCCAAUGUUUUUUUUCAAAUUCCAAUGAUCUUGCCAGUUUAGCCCAUGUUUUUUCAAAUGCCAGUGAUCUUGCCAAUGAUUUUUCAAAUGCCAAUCAUCUUGAUAUUUUAGCAAAUGAGUUUUCAAAUUCCAAUGAUCUUGCCAGUUUAGCCAAUGAUUUUUCAAAUGCCAGUGAUCUUGUCAGUUUUAUUUUCCUGUCAGUUUUUUGCUGUUUCACUUUGAUGUAUGGCUCUUUCAGUAUUUGAGUUUAUUUUACUCCUGAUUACAUAAUGAAGAAAUCAGGAGUAAAGGGUACAACCAUACCACUACAGUGUGCACAGAUAUGCAGUUGCAGAACAUAUUUUCAUUCUUGUUAAAUUCCUAAUCAUCAAAGCCAUUCCUGUUGAUCAUCAUCACUUCCUGUGCUGACUAGACCUGGUGAGUAUGUAUGGUGAUGGUGAUGUUUGGGUGGGUCAUCACACAGUAUAGUACAAAUGACGCACUGCAUUACCUCCAAGAAAAAGGGAGUCGCUUUAUUCAUAGAAUUAUCGCUCUUGCAACAGUAAACCAACUUACCGAUGUAAUAUUGAUGGAUCCUAGUGUGGUAUCCACACCCUGCUUACUUGACUCAACUUGCCUAGAAAUAAGAAGUUAUUAAAGGGGUAGUCAGCAUUUACUCUCCCUAAUGUCAAUAGAAACCUGUAUGUCUUUAUUUAGUCUGUGAAUCACAACAGAAAAUGUCUGAAAAUUGUCCCAGUGUUUUUUUUUUUUUUUUUUCAUUCAGUGAUAUUGUUUUGGACCCUGUUUACUUUCAUAUAUGGACAAAAAAAAAUAUCUUGAAAAUAUCUUAUUUUGUGCAGUUUUUGUGUUUUGUCAAAAAGCCUAUUGUUUGCUGGCCAGUGUGUAGCAGAUCUUUAUUUGAGCAUGUCUAAUUCAUUUAUUGAAUUACGUAUUUUCAUUCUUGAGUAUUUCAUUUGCACCAUUUGUGAUCUGUGAUAUUAAAAAAAAAAAAAAGAAAUUGAAAACAAAAUGAAAAUGAAUGCAAAUUUUGUAACACUGAAUUAAACAUGAAAAGACUGAAGUAGUAUUUUCUUAUAAAACAUGCUUUUAUUUACAACUUUUUAUUUACAAGCUUUUAUUUUUUUACUGUGUAGCAGUAUAUAAUAAAUAACUCUUUGUUAAGAGUAUCUCCAUGUUGAAUUCAAGUUGGGCCACUUAUUGAUAUUGAUAUGAUGUCAAAAAUGCUCUAAUUGUCCCAAAUUCAUCCUAAUUUUGUAUCAAAUGUUUCAGUUGUGAAAUUGUAAAUGUGUAUAAAUAAAUAAAUCUUGUACAAUAGUCCAUUUGUGUUACUAUAACCCAAGCAAGUAUUCGUGCAAAAGCCUGCCUGGAACUUAAGAUCUUAACACUUAAGAUUUAUUAGAUUUUUUUUACCGCAGUUAACAGUCAUAUUUGCUUUAAGUAUGCAAUUUAAAUUGACUGACAGCAGUGAACAUUAUCAGUGAAGUAGAAAAGCACACCCUCCUCAUUGAAACACCAAGUUGACUUGAACAGAUAAAGAUCAUUAAUACUGUUAUCCUCUAUUCAACAAUCUAACGAUAUCAACCUUGAUAAUCUCCUAGAGCUAUAGUAUUCACUGGAAUAAAGAAAAAGAAACAAGUCAUUUCCAAGGAAAGCUGCAUAUCAACCUUGACCACCAGCAAGCAUGACAGUGCCACACACAGGUGGCCAUUCAUCAGAAAGUGAAAGACAAAAACAUCAGUGACUCAAAAUGAGUCGAAGGUGAGCAAUCCAAUGUGAAUACCACAUUACACUCACCACGUAUGAUUUGAUUAAUGAGCUCAACAAUAAAAAAUGAAUGCAGAAUAAAUUGCUGAAGAUGAUACAUGCACCUGUAAUAUCCUGUAGUGGAGGUACUUCCAGAAUACCAUAUCCCAAACACUGCAAGACACACAGCUUGUGAAGAACCUCAGUGAUGCCAUUGUCUACAGCAUCUACCAAGAGUCACACAAUCAAACUCUGAGAGUUGUUCAAUAAAUUAAAGAAUAUCUAUCACUAUCAAACACAAUUGUGAAUUCUACAAGCACAACUGUUUAGGUGUAUCUCCUCUUCCAGUAACCCCAAAAGUCAUUCUCCAAGUGACCCCAAGGACCCAAGAGAAUUCAGAAGCUGUCUCUGUAAGGAAGCUUCAGAUGACAUGCCACAAGUUGACCAAAAAAAUGUGAACUUGCACCACCACAAUGCCGUACUUUGAAUGAAUAACUGAAUUCGGAAGCAAGGCCUGCUGUUGACCUCUAGAUCCUCUUUCCAGUAGAUAAAGCCACUUAGCUGUAUGGAGCUGUAAGCAUUUCCAUGAGAUCAUAAUUAAUAGAUUAUUUAAAAAUCAAAAAGUGUCCAUAACAUGAUUCUUUUUAGAUUUACGUGUUUUUUGAAAAGUUGAGCAUUGCAACCUAAGCUCAUGAAUACAAUAGCCAAUCAGAAGCAUUUGAAAUAGGCUAGUCGUGACAAGCGAUCUGAGCUCAAUGUAAAAAUGAGUUACGUUCAUACAGAUUCGAUGUAAAAAAAAAAAGUGCUGAAGAUAUCUGGUACCCAAAAAGAAAAAGAAAAACUCUUCUCAAUAGGCUACCACUUAAAUCUCCAGAGUUUUGUUAAGCCCGAGCUUUCUGACUGACUGCAUUCAUGCAACCAUGACGAUCGAGAGCACUUAGCCUACUUUUUUAUUUCCUGAAAAGGCGGAAUGAUUAAUGAUUAUUCGAAUAAAUCAGGCCAUUGUUAACUAAAAACACAUUAAAUAAAAUGACAAAAUAUAAUUGUUUUGCGGGUCGUCAAUGAUAUAUUUAGUGUUUGCCGGAAAUAAUCUAAUUCUCGCUUUUCUGAGACUGCUACGCUUAUAUGGAUAAGGCCUCUAAGAAUUCUUUAUGUAGGCCUACUUCAAAAAGUUUACUGUGACUUGAAAUGCCAGGCUAGUUUAGCUGGCAUUUCAGAUGGAUAACAUGAAAACACACAAAGAAACAGUUUGACGGGCCGCCUUCAUCUUAUUUAUAGGUAAAUUAUGCAGUU